GCACUUCGGAACAUCUCCGUCUUCCAUAAAGGCGCUGGUGCAGGUGCUCUGUCUCAUCGGGGGAGGAUGCCACAGGAAGGACGGGCAGGGGGAAAGAAAUGAAGGAAAGCGUUGAGAGAGGAGAACACAGGAUAUGAUAAGCAGGGUAUCAGACUGGAAACGGAGGAAACUGAAUAUGAAAGAUUUAUUGCAAGGGGCACUUUGAGCUAUUAUUUCUGGUUGGCAAAAGUACUAUGAUUUGGUAUGUGGCCACUUUGAUAGCAAGUGUUUUCAGCACCCGAGGAACGGCAGCUCAAGGUGCCCACGGAGUGAGAGAGGAGCCCCAGUUUGUGACGGCCCGUGCAGGAGAGAGUGUUGUUUUGGGAUGUGACGUGAGCCACCCCCUAAACGGCCAGCAGACUCCCUAUGUGGUGGAGUGGUUUAAAUUCGGUGUGCCUAUUCCCUUCUUCAUCAACUUCCGUUUCUAUCCUCCUCAUGUGGACCCUGAGUACGCCGGUAGAGCCAGUCUGCAUGGCAAAGCGUCUCUGCAGAUCGACCAUGUGCGCUCGGAAGACCAGGGCUGGUACGAGUGCAGGGUCCUCAUGCUGGAACAACAAUACGACACCUUUCACAACGGCAGCUGGGUUCACCUCACAGUCAACGCGCCCCCUACGUUCAUGGACACGCCACCGCAGUACGUGGAGGCGAGGGAGGGGGGCGGCAUUACUCUGACCUGCACUGCCUUCGGAAACCCCAAGCCAGUGGUCACCUGGCUGAGAGACGGGGAUCAGCUGACCAACAGCAAGAAAUACACGGUGAGUGACGGCAGUCUGACGGUGCAGGCCAUCACGCGGGAGGACCGGGGGGCCUACAGCUGUCGUGCUCACAGUGACCAGGGGGAGGCACUACACACCACCCGCCUUCUGGUGCAAGGUCCUCCAUACAUCGUGUCACCACCUGAGAACAUCACUGUUAACAUAUCCCAGAAUGCCCAAUUCACAUGCCAAGCAGAGGCGUAUCCUGGCAACCUGACCUACACCUGGUACUGGGAAGAGGACAACGUCUACUUCAAGAAUGAUCUGAAGCUCCGCGUUCGAAUCUUUAUUGACGGAACCCUAAUUAUCUACAGAGUGAAGCCAGAGGAUGCUGGGAAAUACACCUGCAGCCCUAGUAACAGCCUGGGCAUCUCCCCCUCAGCUUCAGCUUACCUGACCGUGCAAUACCCUGCCCGUGUUGUGAACAUGCCACCUGUCAUCUACGCCCCAAGAAAGUUGCCGGGAAUCAUUCGCUGCCCAGUGGAUGCCAACCCCCCAGUUACGUCAGUCCGAUGGGAAAAAGAUGGCUACCCCCUCAGAAUCGAGAAGUAUCCUGGAUGGAGCCAGAUGGCGGACGGAAGUAUUCGGGUGGCAGAGGUCACUGAAGACUCCCUUGGCACCUACACCUGUGUGCCUUACAAUGUCCUAGGUACCAUGGGACAGUCCCCUCCGGCCACUCUGGUGCUAAAGGACCCCCCUUACUUCAACGUGAGCCCUGGGGGGGAGUACCGCCAGGAGGCGGGAAGAGAGCUGGUCAUCCCCUGCGCUGCUUCUGGAGACCCUGAGAUUCCAACCAUCGUAUGGAGAAAGGUUGGGAAGCCCAGCAGAAGCAAACAUAACAUCUUACCAAGUGGUAGCUUGCAGUUUGUCUCUCUGAGCAAAGAGGAUCAUGGGGAGUGGGAAUGUGUUGCCACCAACGUAGUAACAAGCAUCACUGCCAGCACACGCCUAUUUGUAAUAGGCACUAGUCCACAUGCGCCAACUAAUGUCCACGUGUCAGCAUCCACAAGCUCCGCUAACGUUUCCUGGGAACCUGGAUAUGACGGAGGCUUUGAACAGACGUUCUCGGUCUGGUAUGGCCCGGUAAAGGUGAAGAAUGAUUUAGGGCCACAUGACUGGCUGUCCGUACCUGUGCACGGCUCUCAGACGUGGUUGGUGGUCCAGGGGUUGGAGCCAAAGACUGCCUACGAAUUUAGUGUGUUGGCCCAGAACAAACUGGGCACCGGCCCCUUCAGUGAGGUAGUCACUGUGACUACAGGAGGGUAUCCUAUAAGUACCCCUGAACCACUGGUGCUUCUAACUCCACCACGGUGCCUCACAGCCAACCGGACACAGCAGGGUGUAUUGUUGACAUGGCUUCCUCCGGCCAAUCACUCUUCACCAAUCGACCGUUACAUCAUCGAGUUUCGUCUGGGGGAAAGGUGGGAGGUUCUGGAUGACUUAAUUCCUGCAACUGAGACUGAGAUCAUAGCAAGAGAUCUUAUUCAGGAUUCUUGGUAUGAAUUCAGAGCGCUGGCUGUAAUGGAUGAUCUUGUCAGUGAGAGCAGUAAUGUGGUGGGAGUGUCAAGUACAGACCCCUUCCCUCCCACAGAGAUCUCAGACGAGGGGCUGGCCAAGCCAUUGGUGGCUGGCAUCGUGGCCACCAUCUGUUUCUUGGCGGCUGCCAUCCUCUUCAGCACACUUGCUGCAUGUUUUGUCAACAAGCAGCAUCGUCGCAAGCUCAAACGCAAACGAGACCCUCCACUAUCGAUUACACACACAAGGAAAAGCAUUGAAUCUCCGCCUCCUCUUACCCCCUUGCCUGGCAUUGAGCCCUACUGGGAAGAGCCAGACAGGAGCAGCUACAGGCCCCCAUCCACCAGCCCUCAGCUGUCCUCUGGGAAGAUCAGUCCUGAGAGCAUCACUUCCUCCCGGCCUCCAUCUCUGGCCAGCCUGGAUGGCCAUGGUCUUUACGUUAAGAAGUUGCCAAGCCCCAGGAAAGAGAAAGAGCUUUCCCUCUAUAAGAAAACCAAGAGAGCAAUAACCAGUAAGAAGUACAGCGUGUCCAAGCAUGAGGCUGAGGUCACCACGCCCAUCGAGCUGAUCAGCCGUGGACCUGAUGGCCGAUUCGUUAUGGAUCCCAGUGACAUCGACACAUCCCUCAAGCCACGACGUAUUGAGGGUUUUCCUUUUGUGGAGGAAUCAGACUUGUAUCCUGAGUUCCGCCAAUCAGAUGAGGAGAAUGAUGACCCAGGGCCCCUACCCCCAGUCAUGGCCACCCUCAGGCCCCAGAUAUCCCCUGUGUCCUCCAGCCAGGAGUCCUACAUGCAGCCCCCAGCCUACAGCCCCCGGUUCCAGAGGCCUAUGGAAGGUAUGAGCAUCUCGGAGGAUAGUCGGCUUGAGGCCACAGGGCAGAGCCGGGUCUCCCAUUUUCACAGGGUCUUCCCUCCAGGCCCCUUCUAUGGCUAUCUAGGUAGUGGUGCUGAGGUGGAGCUUCACCCUCCUUUUUACAUGCCUGAUGUUAGUCCACGUAGCUCUGCCAUGUCCUCCUCACCUUCAUACCCCCCUGAGGGGCCGUUCCGCCAUCCCACCAUCCCAGAGGAGAGGGAGGAGCUGAUGAUCCAUCAGUAUGGAGCCUCCGGCCACGCCCUCCCACUGGUGCAUAGCCCUCCCUCCUCUCGCUCGACCGAGAUCUGGCAGCCUCCUGACUUCCCCUUUCUAGGUCAGGAGGGUCCCCGUCUCACUCUUCCACCACAUCAUUCCUCAUAUCUCCACCGGGACCUCCCAGAGCCCCCGCCAUACCCCUCCCAUAGUCGUACUCUUAGCACCACCUCUCAGCUCCCUUCAAGCUCUGCUUUUCUCCAGCUGGAGGCCCCUAGAGCCCACCUGAGCAGAUCUCCCGGCAGGUUUCCGCCUCAGGGCCCUUCAGCCAAGCAUAUAACUAUGCAACAGUCCCAGACUCUGGGGCAGUUGAGACACACUGCCCAUGGUAUGGGCGUACCAGUGUUGCCUUACUUAGGCGCCACAGCCCGCAUGGGGAGCCCAAGCACACUGCACAGUGAGAGCUCUGACGGCUGGAGGUCUGAGGCCCAGCCUUGGCUGAGCCCCAGGGCGGCACGAAGGAUGGAUCUCGGCCUGCAGCAGGUGGUCCUGCAGCCGUCACGACUCUCCCCUCUCACCCAAACCCCUCCCAGCUCACACGCCGGCUCUCCAGACAUUCUCGUCCGCCCUCCUCCCCGCCCCAGUAUCCUGCGGUCUUCCCGUUCUCAAGAGAUGCCCGAGAGUGCCCGUCACCCCGCCAGUGUCUCCUUCUCCCGAAGGUCUCUCUCCUCUUCCCCUGCCACUUCACCUACUCAAGGCCAGAGUGGCCAGCGGCCCAGCCUCAGCUACCAUGCACACAUGGCCUUUGCCACAGCCGCGGCCAGCUACCCCUCCCAGUCCCCUUCACCCCCUGCGGAGAGCAGUGAUGCUUUCGGCCAGAUGCCAUCUCAGAGAAGGACAGAUGAGGAGAUGCUCCCCUCAGAACCCUCUCCAGGGGAGCAUCUAGGUGCAGUGAGAGUCCCUGCAGGGUCUGAGAGCUUUGAAGCAUUGAUUUAUUAUUGUGUUAAUAAAGCCAAGAAAUCAACAGCCAACAAGAACAACAACUCCAGAUUCAAGAAAAGGACAGAUGUGUCCACCUCUCAGACCCAGCAGGCGCAUGCAUCUCAGGCCUCUGAGCAAAGAGAACAUCUCAGCUCUCCCUCAAAGAAAAAGUGGAAAAGUACACUUAGAAAGUCCCCCUGUCUUCAUCUGUCCUCUCUGCUGCGUUGGCUUCACCCAAGAGAAGACAGAAAAUCCCUCCUGGCCAGUAUGGACAUUGUCCCGUCAAACUAUGGUUCUCUGCUCUAAGAGUCCCCCCCGCCCACCUCCACCUUAAAACUUAACCUGUGGGGUGGAUCCUCUCCUUGUCCAUUAGCAAAAAUGUACAAUGGACAAGCUCUCAGUACUGUUUUGUAAUCCGUCUAACCUAGAUAUGAUUUAUUAUGUUCUUCGGUUGGCACAAUAUACUACACAUAUCUGAAUUUUCUGUAAAUUUAAACAAAGGAAAAACGUACAGGGGUGCUUUUUUGGAAGAAAACAGAAAAGAACAGGACAAAAGCUUUUCCUUUGAUGAUAAAAAGAAAAUAAUGGCAGACCAUUACAUGCUACGAAAAAUCGCGCUGGCCACUUCGGUUUUUGUCAUAACGUUGUCAAAACUGCGUAUAUUGUGAAGGAUAGAGUUAAACGCUCUGUACAAAUAUGUCUCUCAAGACGUGAUAGUUACUACAGGGUUUCUUUUCUUCCUUCUACAAAAUAUACCUCAAAAAAAAAAAAAAAAAAAAAAAAAAGGAACAUAAAAAAAUAAAAGGAAUAAAUAAUCUGGAACAUAUUUCAGCUCUUCUACCAUAUUUUGUGCAAGCUAGAUUAGAUAACAUGAGGGAAUAAUUAUGAGCCCAGAAAUGACAUCUAAAGCACAGAAUAUGAGAGCAAUUGUAAGCUUGAAGGGAAUAACUACAGUACUGUACUGGUCCUGCGACAAUGUUUGAAGUUAUUCCGAUUUUGUAAAUUCCAUGCAUAGGCAUGUGGAACUGAAAACUUGCCGCCUCAUUAAUUUUAUAUUAUUAGCCAUUAUAUUUGACUAAAAUUAUUGGACAGCUUUAAGGCACUUUUUAUCUGUGUUUGAAAGAAGAUUUAUAUUACCCCCCCUGCUGAAAAAUUUUCAGAUGGCAUAAGUGCAAAUGUAAUAUUAAACGGAGUAGAAUUACUUGUUCCCUGUCUUGCACAAAUGUAGUUAGAAGUGGUGAAAUGCAUUAUUAAUAUUUUCGUCACUUCCUUGAAGUAAAUAAUUUGUUCUAUGUUUGCUUUGGACAGACAGUACACCAAGUACUGUAGAUAUUGUGCAGACUAAUGAAGACAUCAAUAUAACAUAGAACAAUGAAAUAGUCGAAAAAAGAUUACCAGUCUUCAUAGUUACUUACAAAAGUGAACCUCCAAAAGUAGCUUGACUCUUUUUGAAAAAAAAAGGAAAUUGUAUUGUAAUCUUUAUUAUUUGCCGCUCAUCACAGCUCAUCUGAUGACAUAGCAAAGUUUGCGUUAUUUAAAUGAAUGAUGAGUUUAGUAUUUCUAAAGGAUGUUAAUUGUCUCUAGAGUUCACUAACAGCUGCUGAUCUGCUACCUACAGUGAAAGCUAACGGAGCGUGUGUGUUAGCGUAGUUUAACCGAUGGUGAAUGUAUGAUUUGCUCUUAGAAGCUCAGAUUUAUCUGGAUAUUUUCAAUGUGAUGUCUUUUUCUUUUACGUGCCAAUGCGGCAACUCCAAAACGAAUCUUCUUCUUCUGCGAAUGGAGUUUAAUAAUGAGGUACGAUGGAAAACUGAAAGAAAUCUCAUGCAUUACUUGAAUAAGGCUGAAUAUCCAAGCAGGAAACACUGGGGGAAAUUCUGUGCGUGGAGAUUUGUAGCCAUUUUGAGUUCAGAGGAUUUGACUCGAGUGCCCAAAGGGCUGUUUACUUUGUCUUUACUUUCUUGCUUUCUUUCUUUUAUACAACUCUUUUAGUCGAUGUGAAAACGACUGCUCGGAGAUCUUAAAGUAAAUCUGAGCUAUUCAGUAUUAGGUCAGAAGACUCCAGUCCAUCGCUUAUUUGUCAUUACUAGCGUUUUCCACCCCUAAUGGUGCGAUUCGUAAGGCUGCUUUAACCGUGCAGUCUCUUGAGAGGAGAAGGGCAGUGUUUGUUUUUAGAUAUUCUUGAUUACCUGCCUUUAGCUGUCGAGAGAUGUGUUAAACUUAGACUUAACUCUGCUACAUGUUCUGUCAAGAAACUCAUUGUUAACAAGUCCUACAACAACCACGUAAUGUUUACAUGAUCUAGAAAUAUAACGUGCAAGGAUGUAGGCACAUUGUACACAUUAUGACUUGGUGCUAUGUCUUUUCGAACUCGUGGUGCUGUGGUUCAGAGGUUAACACACAAACUCACGCACAGUCCUCUGUCUUAAACUAACUAAACUAGCUCCGUCGUGAUCUCUGUUGUCGAGUUCUCCUGGUGAGUACCCAGCUAACACAGUUACGUUGUGACGACGUAACUGGACCAGACCAUAUUCGUUGCAGCGACGUCCCAAAUAACGUUCCAGCGACGUAACUUUGUGAUUCCCAUAUCCGUCGUGGCGACGUUAUAGUGGAACGUCGCUGGAACGCGAGGAGUACGUCCCAGCGACCGAACUGGCACGUUAUGAGAACGUUACUAUAAAGUACCAUAUUGGUCGCAGCGACGUACCAUAUAACGUUCCAGUGACGUAACUUUGUGAUUCCCAUAUCCGUCGUGGCGACGUUAUACUGGAACGUCGCUGGAACGUGAUGAGUAUGUCCCAGCGACCAAACUGACACGUUAUGAGGACGUUCCUAUAAAAUACCAUAUUGGUCUCAGCGACGUACCACAUAACGUUCCAGUGACGUAACUUUGUGAUUCCCAUAUCCGUCGUGGCGACGUUAUACUGGAACGUCACUGGAACGUGAUGAGUAUGUCCUGACGACCAAACUGGCACGUUAUGAGGACGUGACAUUACAGGAUCAUAUUGGUAAUUCAUAUUUUCACCUCACCAUUACCUUGAAAUACAUAAACUAAUAAACUUAAUCCAUCUCUGGUGCAAAAAAUAAACCUUAUGAAAUCUAAUUGUAAUCUAAUUAUAGGGGAUUCAUAGUUAAUACAUUAAUUACAUACAUGCAAUGCAAACAAAUACAAAAACAUUACAUUCUAAUAUAAAAUAGACAAAAACACACUGCAUUCAUUCACAAAUCAAUAUUUAUUCAGCACUACUUUGUAUAAAAACA